AUGGAGCCUUCCCAGAGUAGCUCUUCCGAGCUACUAUCACAGUCUUCGUCGAGGGAGUUGGUGCGCCCCACGGACGACUCGGAGUUGUCGUUGCUGUCGCACUGGACGAGCGUAGUCUUCAAUUGGACGUAUUCUCUAGUGAGAGAGGACCCUUUGGUGAACCACGCACUACAGCUGUCCCCACCUGAGGGCUGUUCGGACUGUCAUCUGACGAAAAAAUUGUGUACCUGCACGCAGUGCGGAGUAUGCCGUGGCACGGUCCGACGCGGUACGCGACACCACUGCCGUCGCUGCUGGCGUCCCGUCUGUCAUCGGUGCUGGCCCAGGCCCCGCCACAUCCGAGUCCUGGAGAAGCCCGUGCCGGUGUGUGACACCUGCGCCGUUCCCUGGGCCCUCGCCAGCCUGACAAAGCGAAAGGCCGACCGGCUUUUCUGGGGCCUGUAUAUCCUGUCCCGAGCGGCUGAGAUGCCAUGCCUUUGUGUGGACCCGAGCUGCUGUGUCCUGACGUAUCUGGCAACAUGCUACGCGUGCGGUGGUCCAACCGUGAUGACUCAACCUCAUCUUACGCGUGUAAUAGCAUCCGGCGUGCCGCAGUUGAUGUCGAUUGAUCGGGUGUUGCUUUUGGACAUUCACAUGUCCACCCUUCGCUCCCGAACAGUUGACGCAUACCCACCUGAGGAGGUGGAGCGCUGCUUUCGUACCUAUUUCAGAAACUUUGAGGAUGCAACCAGUUUUGAAGGGGUCACGUCCACACAGCAGGCACAGGAUAUACUGCUGGGUCUAGUGUGCACUGACAUUUCGUAUGAGUACAAGAGAGCACCCAAUAUUAGCUUAACCCUGUCCGACAUUCCGUACGCGCGCUUGCUGAAGAUAAAUUUAUCCCAACCCCGUUACACCAUCAUGGAGGCUCCUGGUAAAGUUAAGUUUAUCUCCUUCCCAGGUACACACGACUGGCGCACCUUCUGGAUAAACUUCAAUUCUUCGCAAACUUCAAAGGCGUUGUGGCUUCCGUUGGUAGAAGGUAUUGCUGUACCUGCCGUCGGGGUCGACAAUGACAGAAAUGAUCAUCGUCCACCAGUUUUCGUGUGCGGGUCCAUGUGUAAAGUAUGGGAGUAUAAGGUUCACAGUGGGUUUGCGCAAGAAGCGAAGGAGGUGGGCUUUUCUCUCGACCCCCUCGCGAAGGAUCUCCAGAAUGGCUAUCGACUGGUACUUACGGGGCACUCGCUGGGCGGCGCCGUAGCGCAGCUUCUCACUCUCCAGCUUCUUGAUCAAUAUCUGGAGAUGGGUGCGGUGGAGCCGCCGCGCAUUCUGUGCGUCACCGUUGGAGCCCCACUGAUCGGUGAUUAUCAACUCGCCAUGCGGGUGGAGCGCAAUGGUUGGGCGCACUACUUCCAUAACAUCGUCUACCGUUCUGAUAUCGUCCCACGGCUGACCUGUGGAAACGAGCUCACGUGGAAGAUGGCGACGCAGGUUCUAGGGCGUGCGUCUCAGAUUUGUCAAGGCCUGCGGAACUGGUUUUCCUGGAGACGAAACGAUGCCCAGGUGCCCGCAGGCACAUCACACGGCGUUGCUCCCGGUUCUAACAACAGCAGUGAGGCGCUUGAUCCCGUUGCCAGCCCCAAUACACUACGAGCUGACUCUGUGGGUAGGGAGUCUGCGGUAAGUGUUGAUGAAGGACAGGUUGCUGCUAGUAAUGACCUCCGUUUAGUUGAGUAUGUGGAUAAAACGAUCCGGAUAGGGCGAGAUGUUCUGGCAGAGGAUGAAGAGCCACCGCGUUCGUCGAUGAACAUGGCUUCGAGCGUAGGCGCUUCGUCUGCUGUGGCGCCUGGGAUCGUUGGGGAGGACCACCGUGUGCAUCGUCGCUAUGCUUGCUUUGGUCGGUAUCACUUCUUCGAGUACCGCGCCGAGGGCUACUUCUCGACGAUCGACUCUGAGACCUCCUUUGGGCUGCUCAAGAGUGGCUGCGACGCCGAGACAGUGGCUCUGCAGGAUCACACUAUGGCCUCUUAUAACCGAUGUAUAAUGCUGCGUCUUUGUGGGAAAAGAAAGGAUAUGCAAAAGCAACUUCCGAUCGAGACAUAUGACACUUAA